GGAAACGAAAUUAGCUUACAAAGGAUAAAUGGAAAGCAAACUCUUCUUCAACGUUUUAAUUGACUUCGUACUGGAUCUCAAAACAAAUGCUUCAUGAGGAAGCGGGCGAUGUUGAAUUGCACAUGGCCUCUUAUCGCUUCUGCCAUCGUCUUUGUUUUUUUGGUCUAAUAACGUUCUCUCUCUGUUCCGUUGUGUUCAUCAUGUCGAGAGGUUAUUUGUCCUUCUUCGUCAGCCGAGGAUUUGAAAUCGUCGAAGAGGAAAGUAAUUCGAUCGAACGAAAACGCGAACUGCCCAUCAUCAACAACCACAGAGGAAACUUCAGUAAAAGAACUUGUAAAGAAGGGGAUUUUGAAGAUAUCUUAUUAGUUAUUGUCUUUGUGGAAAUCUUCUAUGAUUCCAUUCCGUUACUGGAGCGACUUUACAGACAUCGUUUUCCACAUAUAGUUUAUUGCGGACCUACAAAACCACCUGGAGACCAAGAGUACAAGAUGAUCGUGGUAUCUAUGCUUCACGGAGUCACAGCUUACGAUUGUCUGAGCACUGCAAUCAGAACACAACCUCAAUUUACGGGUUAUUUGUUUAUUAGAAGUGAUUUGUUUUUAAAUUUUUGGAGCAUUUCAAAUUUGAAUAGAUCUAGGAUAUGGGAAAGCUCUGAACAGCUUGGUUACCAGGUCAUGUUUGAGCAACCGCGCGAUUCCUGGAUCUGGUGGUACACGCCAUGGGGGCUAAAAGCUUGUGAGGAGGCCUAUAAAGACCUUAUUUUCCUGAAUGACGCGCAGAAGCGUGCAAUAAUUGAUAGCAAAGGGCAAGAGGAAAGUUCGUGGGACGUGGAAAACUCAUUAAACGCUUUGCUAUGGAAUGGGCGUGGCUUAAACAUGUGCUAUCGAGGCUUUUCAAACCUAUUUUAUAUUCCUUCAGAACAGGCCACUGCUUUUGAAAAACUGUCCACUGUUUUUCAAAAGCAUCAGGUAUAUAUGGAAAUAGCAGUUCCCACCAUGAUUAAAAUGCUCGAUCUGUCCGAAAAAUCAGAGAAAAUAUCAGGAGUAGAUAUUGGAUUUAUUUACGGGGAGGAGCGCGCACAAAACGACGGUAGUUUAUUUUGGCGAUAUAUCUCGCGCAACAUAAGUUAUAUUAGACCUGUUGUGCUAACGCGUAAAUACUCUGCAGAAAAAAACUCAGUCGGGAUGGUGGAAGUGUUGUUAAAUCGAUUUAACCAUACAAACUGUUCAAAUAGCUAGUUUAUAGUGCGAUCAAUUUUUU